AUGGCAUUCAUACAAAAGGGCGUCAGGAACAUUCUCCAGAGGAAUCCACAUGAUGUAGUGUUUCUCUCAGCACUUCGUACACCAGUCACACGAGCAAAGAAGGGUGGAUUGCGAGAUGCCUAUGACCACGAGCUGCUCGGAGCUGUAGGCUUGACCCAGUUGUGCAUGGACCGUAUCUCAAUUGCUAACAUGCUCAAGGUACUCAAAGCUACAAUCUCCAAAUUCCCAAAUCUCGACCCUGCAAAGAUAGACGAAAUUACAAUCGGCACCGUCCUGGCCGAGCUUGGUGGCUCAAAAGCUGGCCGAAUGGCCGCAAACCACGUUGGCAUUCCUACCACGACCUCAUUUAGUACCGUGAACCGCGCAUGCGCCUCCGGUCUUUCCGCUAUCACAUCUAUCGCCAAUUCGAUCGCCGUCGGGCAAAUAGAAGUUGGUAUCGCUGGAGGCAUGGAGAGCAUGACGCGCAAUUACGGCAGCCGUGCCAUUCCCACAGAGCUGUGGCCCGAGAUGAAGGACAGCCCGGUCAAGCAAGCGAGAGACUGCAUAAUGAGCAUGGGAAUCACAAGUGAAAAUGUUGCAGAGCGCUAUGGCGUUAGCAGAGCGGAUCAGGAUGCUUUUGCCGCACAAUCCCAAAAGAGAGCAGCAGCCGCGCAAGCAGCUGGUCGCUUCGACGCGGAGAUUGUCCCCGUCACCACGCGAUGGAUCGAGCCUGAGAACCCAGAGACUGUCAAGGAAGUUACUGUGACCAAGGACGAUGGGAUUCGCGCAAACACCACAAUCGAGAAGUUGGCCACUAUGAAACCAGCGUUCAAGAGCGACGGUACUAGCACAGCUGGUAACAGCAGUCAAGUCUCGGAUGGCGCCUCUGCGGCCCUCAUGAUGCGCCGGUCUACCGCCACAGCUCUCGGUCUUGAAUCCCACAUCAUCGGUAAAUGGGCAGGCACGCAAGUUGUGGGCUGCCAGCCCGACGAGAUGGGCGUUGGUCCUGCGCUUGCCAUCCCCAAGCUUCUCAACUACACCGGCCUUGAGACAUCGGAUGUGCAGUUGUGGGAAAUCAACGAGGCUUUUGCCAGUCAGGCACUGUACUGUGUGAGGAAGUUGGGUUUGGAGAACAAAAUGGACAGGGUGAAUCCAAAUGGUGGCGCGAUUGCGUUGGGACAUCCGCUGGGGGCUACCAGUGGAAGGAUGUUGGCGACGCUGUUGAGUGAGAUGGAGAGGAGUGGGGAGCAGGUUGGUGUGCUGAGUAAAUGCAUCGGAACGGGAAUGGGAAUGGCGAGUUUGAUUGUCCGGGAGUAG